AUGCUUCGUUGCGCGGCUCGGAGAUUAGUUUCACCCUACUUAAGGGGUUCUUCAACCUCACUGGGUAAGUUUUGCCUAGCUUCUGUUAAAAUCGUUAACAGUGUUUCACUUUUUUCAAAUCGUACACCUACUUGGGUUUUUUCGCUCGCACUAAUCAAUAUAAGUACCGGUUGGUUCUGUUCUAGAAAGUCAUUUCAGUAAAAUUUAAACAGGGUUAUGAAUUAUAAUACAGAAGUACAGAGCUUUCUGAAGGUUUUCUCGGUUGACAUUCAUGUGGACAUGAUCGAGGCUAGGUUAUCUGUGUCCAAACUUAAGUAAUUCAGUAAGCAGUCUUUGCAGCAAUACUGUGAACCUUGAUUGUUUAAGCGGGUCUGUCGGCUACCUAUUUUGUUCCUCAAAAGAUUUUCAGUUUGAAUUACCCCCCCCCCACCACCCUGCUUUCUCACCUCAUGUUUAGUAAAGGUCGGAAUACACUAGGUCAUGUGACCCUGCAACACGUCGCAUUGACAAAUCGCUUCAUGUAUACUGGAGAAUUUUUGUCAAAAUCUCUGUCUUCACAACACAAUUUUGUUAUUUUCACAAGUCACACAAAAUCAUUUUGAAUUUGUGUGGCUCAUUUAAAGACAUAGAUUUUCCCAGUAAUUCUCCAGAAUACACAACGUAAUUUUUUACUAGGACAACUUGUCUCAACUUAUUGCUGCAAGUUGUUGCCCAAACUGUACACAAGGAAUGGGAAUGCCUGCAUGGGAGGCUGUUUGAGCACAGGACUUGGUUAACUUUGUAUUGUUUACUUUAUCAGGUGUUGCUGUGCGCAAGAUGAGUAGCAAACCAAAGGAGUCUGAUGAAGCAUUUGAUGCCAGAUGGAAAGCUUAUUUUGAAAGGCAAGAUUAUUUGUACACAGUUAACUCUGCUCUUAGACACAUCUUACACAAAAAUAUUUGAUUCAUCUGUCCAGUUUUGGUUGUUGGUCCACUUAACUUGGCUAUUGAAUUGAUUGAAAACCAUUCUACCUUGAGAAAUAAAAACACAAUGCCAGCAGUAGCUGUACAAGGUUUGUACACUUGGCGAAUAUUCAGUUACGGGAUUAAAGAUCUGAUUUUCUGUUUUCUUCCUAAAAAAGCUCAAUAGAGCUUGCUGAGAUCUCCUGCCAUUAUAUUGCAUUGUAAUAGCAGAUAUCAAGUAAUAAGGACAGUUGUAAAAAUGUAAUUAAUAAAGGGGCAAAAAAUAUGAUAAUUAGUUAAAAAAAUAAAAAAAAUAAAAAAAAUUUGUGUGUUGUUUAAGUUUUUGUAACAUUGUCUACUUUUCAGGCCAUUGUUUCAAUCUCCAUUCUCAAUCUGUUGUGUUGUCUCUUCUAAAAGAUUCCUUCUGGUUAAAAAAGAAAAAGAAAGUAAAUUUUUUUCUUUAAUUUUUGUAGACCAGACAUUGAUGCAUGGGAGUUGCGCAAUGGAUUAAAUGAGCUGUAUGGAAAAGACUUGGUUCCGGAACCAAAGAUCCUCAUUGCAAUGCUCAAUGCUUGUCGGCGCUUAGAUGACUUCUCCAUGACUGUAAGGAUUCUAGAAUCUGUCAAAGACAAAAGUGCUGGAAGCAGUGAGAUUUACAACUACAUUCUGAAGGAACUCAAGCCCACUAUGGAUGAGUUGGGUCUGUCUACUCCAGAAGAACUUGGUUUAGCAUAA